AUGCGAGAUGUGGUUACAUGGAACACGGUUAUAGUUGGAUGUGCACAAACUGGAUUUUGCAAGGAAGCCUUGGAGACCUUUGACCAAAUGCUUCUUAUGCCUGUAAAUCCUGACCCAAUUACCCUUGUGAGUGUUUCUAGUGCUUGUGGGGAGCUCAAACUUCUAAACCGAGGCAUAUGGGUUCAUGUAUAUGUACUCAAAACUGGACUGAAAUUCAAUUUCCAUCUAAUCAAUGCAUUACCAUCUAUGUACUGCAAAUGCAAGGAUAUCAAAAGCGCAGAGCUUAUAUUUGGUAGUAUCCCUAAUCAAAGAAAUCUAUGCUCAUGGAAUUCAAUGAUAUUCGGUUAUGCACAGAACAAACUACCCAUAAAGCCAGAGAACUCUUUCAUCAAAUGGAUUUCGAGCCAAAUGAGAUGA